CUAGUCCUCCUAGAUGCUGGGCAGAGGAGUGUCUUGAUCUGGUUGUGUGUUGCGUUUUUAUUUUUGCUUUAAAGUUGGAAUUAUGACACUGACUACAGACAAGGUGCAUGGUGGGUUGGACUUCAUUGACCUCCUGCUCAGGAACACAGAUGAAACCACCGGUUGCCACAGCAACCAACCGUGGACUAUCACAAUUCAAAACACCCUGAGCCCUGAAGGAAGUGUUGCUGAUGACUUCCUGGAUGCCCUGCUGGGUGGGAGUGACUCCUCCUCGGCUCCGGCGUCCCCCCUGUGGUCCCCCUGCACCACAGACAGCGGCAUCAACGAGGACCCCCUAACAGAUCCCACAGAGAACCCUCAUCCAUCCUCCUGCACAGCUUUUCCAGUCUUUGACGCAACAGCGUUCCCUCAGCCUCCACCUCUGGAGAAUCAGCUGCCACCAAAUGAACAACAAACAACUGAUGUUUCCAUUGAUCUAAGCUGGGAAUCUAAUGACCCCCAGGAGCAGUUUGGAAUUGCAUACUACCUCAAUAUGAGCCAAAGCUCCCCUCUGUCAUCCAGUCAGACGCCCACAGUGAAGGACCUGCUGUUGUCAAACCUGGGACAGAAAAUGCAACGAAUCCCCCAGCAUUCCCUGCAGGAGCUUGUACUUAAUGAGGAUGAGAAGAUGCUUCUGGCUAAAGAAGGGGUGAACUUGCCCAGCAAACUGCCCCUGUCCAAGUUUGAAGAGAGGGUUUUGAAGAAGAUCCGGCGGAAAAUCCGCAACAAACACUCGGCUCAAGAAAGUCGAAAGAAGAAGAGGGAAUAUGUUGAUAGUCUGGAGGGAAGGAUGUCUGCAUGUAGUGCUCACAACUUCAAGCUUCAGAGAAAGAUCCAGCAGCUGGAGGAGACCAACAAUGCUCUGCUGGAACAGCUAAACAGGCUACAGGCUCUCCUCCCUAACAGCUCCAGCAAAACAACACACAAAGGGACCUGCAUCCUGGUUUUGCUCCUCUCCUUCUCUCUGCUCAUUUCUGCAAAUCUUCAGCCAGACCCUUACAGCCUACUCAGCCAGGGAGAGUACACAGAGACCAAAGCGCCGUCCCGCUCCCUGCAGUCGAUGGAUGCACUGCGAGAUGUCCCUCCUCCUCUUCUCCCUUCUGUCUCCAGGAGCUUUGAGGCCUUGUACAGCCUGACGGAGAAGCUCUGGACCUGGAAAGACUUCCCCACAGAUGACUUCCAGUCCUCUCACCACCAGGAUCACAGGCACCGAGGACGAUCACUGAUUUCCUGAGGAUCCCAAGGAGGAAAGACAUUAGCAAAGGAGUGCAGGCUUGCUUGCAGGCAAAGCAUCCAAAUAAGCAGUUUUGUUGCUCUCCAGUGUCUGUUUCUCACUGCAGAGGCUGAGUGAGGUGUCAUUGUGUGUUUGCCACCAACUCUAACACACAAACAGCCAGUUAAAAGAUUUUUCUAACCGAAAUUCCCUCACUUAGAUGGAAAUCGGUGAGGAGGUCAUCCACAGAGAUUAAAUUGUUUUUUUUUUUCUUUCUCUGGAUGAACAGAGCCUCAGGAACCUGGUGGAUCAUGUAUUUUAUUG